GCUACUAAAAUGUUUACCAUUUUUGCUCUUCUAUUAUUUGUUUCAGUCACAACGGUCGCAGAAAGUUACAUGAGGCCAUUAAAACAUCCUCGAAAGCCAGAUCCUGUAUGUGGAAUAAAUGGACUGAAUUCACGUUGUGGACCAGCGUGCUGGAACACGUGUAGCAAUUACGGCAAUGAAGCCAAUUCCGAUGCUUGUUCUGCUGAAUGUGGUCCACCUCCAUGCUGGUGCGACGCUGGCUAUAUGAUGGACGACGAGGCUGAAAAAGAGGUAUCCAUGCGAAGAUCAAUUGAAGACGCUCCAACUUCAUGUCGAUCAACUGAAUGCGUGUGA